AGGCCGGCGGCCGCUGUCAGGGGGCGGCCGGAAGCCAGUGGGCGGGACCCCGCCGCCGUGAGCGGGAGGGCGGGGCGUCUGCUGACGUGGCGGCGGCGGCAGCACCAUGGGGGGCAGUGGGGGCUCGGAAACCAGGCCUGGACAUCCCAGACAACAGAAGGUCAAGAGGUCUCUGGGAAGCAAAAAGUCUAAGCAGUUUGAGGAGGUGGAAACUACUGUCCUGGGACUGAACAGUAGAUAUAAUGAGACAGUGAGCAGCAUUUCUUCUGCUGCACCAAAGGGUCAAGUGAACGGCAGCACAGAGUCCAGGAGCAAGCGGACCAUUCGCAGGCCUGCUUACUGGCUGGAAAUGAGAGGAAUCAAAAACAGCGUUAACAAGUCUUCAGAGAGAAAAGCAGGAGAAGUACUAUUGAAAGGCAAGAGGAAAUCUGAGGAAGUGGAAACUGAAGAUCUUAAAGACUCUCCAAAGAAGAAACGAAAGAUUUCAGGAAAAAAACAGCAAGCUGGAACACAACAAAACUCCAAAAGAGAAGGUCACUGUGUUCAGAAAGAACCAGAAACCUAUGGCACAGGCAGUAUGGAAGAGCAAUGGUCUUUGGAAAUUCAGGACAAAGGCCGAGUUACCUGUCCAACAUGUCGGGCUGUGGUGAGAAAGACUGUAGAAGGCCUGAAGAAACAUAUGGUAAAUUGCAGGCAGGAAAUGUUCACAUGUCAUCACUGUGGGAAGCAGCUGAAGUCUUUAGGAGGGAUGAGAUACCAUGUCAUGGCAGACCAUAACAAUCAGCCGGUUGUGAAGGAGGGAGGAGAAUUGGAUGAGCAGCUUGAGCGAGACCGCCUUCGGAAGAUUUUGAAGCGUAUGGGAAAACUAAAGUGUACGAGGGAGGGCUGCACAGGCAGCUUCACUAGCAUAAUGGGAUACCUGUAUCAUGUUAAAAAAUGUGGGAAGGCAGCUUCUGAGCUGGAGAAAAUGGCUAUGAAGUGCCAUCACUGUGGAAAAGCAUACAGAUCAAAGGCAGGACUUGUCUAUCAUCUCCGAUCUAAGCAUGGGCCGGUCACUUUCCUCCAGGAGGAGAGAAGAACAGAGAGCCUGAAGGAAACAAAACGGGAGCCAAACAGCACAGGCAGAGUUCAGAGGAGAUCUGCUAAGGUGGCAAUCUACUAUCUCCAUGAGCUAGCUGGAGAAGAGCUGGCCAAAGAGUGGCCCAAGAGAAAAGUUCUGCAAGACUUGAUUCCAGAUGAUCGCAAGCUGAAAUAUACUCGUCCUGGACUGCCAACAUUUAGUCAAGAUGUGCUGUGCAAAUGGAAAACUGAGAUAAAGAUGUACCGAAGAGUUCACUGCCCAAAUGAGGGUUGUGAAUCUGUAUAUGGCAGUGUCUCAGGACUCAAAUCUCACCUUGGCACGUGUACCUUGGGAGACUUUGUGGCUGGUAAAUACAAGUGUCUUCUGUGUGAGAAGGAGUUCAUUUCAGAGAGUGGAGUCAAGUAUCACAUCAACUCCAUGCACGCUGAGGACUGGUUUGAUGUGAAUACAACUACCACCAAAAGCUUUGAGAAGCUAAUGAAAAUCCGCCAAAGAGAAGAGCAGAGGAAGCAACGGAAGAAACGUCCUUUGAGCAGGGGGAAAAAGAAGAGAACCGCGACCCUGGCUGUCAAGAAACUCCCCACUGCUGGAGUUGAGAAAAUUAGGAGAACUAAGAGAGGUCGUCCAACGCGGGUGGACAAUGAGAGUGCGAGCAGUGAGGAGGGGGAGCCCCAAGUUGCACAGAGAGCCGAAUUUCCAAAAACCAGCCACAAGCGAGGCCGGAAGUAAAUCCCUAGAAGAGAAGGAAUAAUCCUAAAGCUUUUCAGUUACAAGCCCCACCUCUGUCAAGCUCAUAACCCACAACACUGAUAUAAGCAACUGAG